GAGGGAGGAGGUGCAGAUGUGUGUCUCCCCCUCCUCUCCUCCGCAUUCCUCGCAGCAAAAUGACAAGAAAAUCUUCAUCUUGUCUCUCAUUCUCUUCAUUCUUCUUUCCAUUUUAAACCCCGACGCGCUCUGAAUUACUAUAGGGGCGUGUUCGGAACUUCCCGCCCCUCCGGUAUUCGGCCCAUUUCCCUAUCUGGGUCGGGUCAGCUUUUGCCGCCGCAUCGCAUUGCAUUGCAUUUUUCCGGCGUCGGGGGCGAUGGGGUGUGUCAGCUCCAAGAAAAUCAGGUGCGAUUCGCCUACCUAUGACGAAGUCUGCUCCACCUCCUGCAUCGGCAACGGCAACCGCAAGUGGUCCCGCCGCCACCCCUCCCUAACGGAGGAGAUCUUGGUGGUGAAGGCAGAGGCAGAGACGGAGGCGGAAGGCGGCAGGGAAUCGGAGGCGGAGACCAAGCGACGCAAUCACAAAGACUCCUCGAGGGAGUCGAAGAGAGAGAAGAAGCAUGCUUACUACGGGAGGCAGUCGGAAAGCGACCUCAUCGCCGCCGGCUGGCCGUCCUGGCUCACUGCCGUCGCAGCGGAGGCCAUCGAUGGUUGGGUCCCUUUGAGAGCAGAUGCGUACGAGAGAUUGGAUAAGAUUGGGCAAGGGACGUACAGCAAUGUGUACCGCGCUCGUGAUCUGAAAACGAACAAGAUCGUGGCGGUGAAGAAGGUUCGUUUCGACAAUUUCCAAGCGGAGAGCGUGAGGUUCAUGUCUCGGGAGAUCAUGAUCCUGCGAAUGAUGGAUCAUCCAAACGUGAUGAAGUUGGAGGGGAUUAUCACAUCACGACUAUCUUGCACAAUUUACCUAGUAUUCGAGUACAUGGAGCAUGAUCUCGCAGGGCUGUUGUCGUGUCCCGAUAUCACGUUCACCGAGUCGCAGAUCAAAUGCCACAUGAAGCAGCUGUUGAGUGGGCUCGACCACUGCCAUUCGCGCGGGAUCAUGCAUCGGGACAUCAAGUCCUCGAACAUAUUGGUGAACAACCAAGGCGUGUUGAAGAUUGCCGACUUUGGUUUGGCUUAUUUCACCAGACCUAAGAACCGGGAGCCGCUCACGAGCCGCGUCGUGACUCUCUGGUACCGCCCGCCCGAGCUCCUCCUCGGCUCCACCAAAUACGGAGGCGAGGUCGAUCUUUGGAGUGCCGGUUGUGUCUUUGCUGAGCUUUUCUUGGGAAGGCCUAUUCUCAAGGGCAGAACCGAGGUGGAGCAAUUGCACAAGAUCUUCAGGCUAUGCGGGACGCCAGCCAACGAGUACUGGAGGGCGUCCCGGCUGCCUCUGGCGAGCAUGUUCAAGCCGCAGCAUCCGUACGACAGCACGCUGAGGGAGAGGUGUGCCGAGCUGCCUGAAACCGCGGUCGAUCUCAUUGAGUCGCUGCUGGGCAUACAGCCUGCCAAGCGCGGGACUGCUGCCUCUGCUCUCCAAUCCGAGUAUUUCAACACGAGGCCGUACGCGUGCGACCCCUCCAGCAUGCCGAAAUUCCCCCCUAACAAAGAGAUGGAUGCCAAAGCCAGAGAAGAUGAGAGAAGGAUGAAAGGGCUCUCAACAAGGCAAGAAGCAGCUGCAGUUUCGAGAAACCCGAGAAGAAUGCGCAAGACUCUGCACGAAACGAGUGACUUCUGCAACCUGGUUGAGGAGGAGAACGAGGAGGAGAAUGCCGGGGCAGUGCAAAAGAGCAACAAAGGAGGCAGCAAGAAGGCAGCGAGGAGCGGGAUGCUGGCGCCGCGUGCAGCAUCAAAGCAGUCCCUGGACACAAAAUCAGACAUCUCGGCCGCCUCCAACUCGACACAGGACUCAAUCACCAGCACCAAGUCCGUCCCGGUGCAGAGGCACAAGCAGCUCCCCGUAUUCACGAGGCUCAGCAACAACAACUCCACCUCUAAAUCGCUGAAAUCCGUGAACUCUAACCCCAUCCUACACCAGGAGUAUGCGUAGUUCGACCAAUCCGCCACGCGCUCGGACAGCCUCGUCCGGAUCCGCUGAAAAUCUCCGAGAUUAACUGAAACACUACAAAUUCUCUAGAGGUUUUUUUUGCUGAAUUAUCAGAGGAAUGCAGCAGAGAUCUUAUAACAUCAAGCAUUGUUUGUGAGGAAGGAUUUGUCUGUAUUUAUUUUUCCUUUUUUGUUAACUUCCAACUAUGUAUUGAGAAAACAGUACAGAUGAUUUGUUUAUAUUGUUGUAAUCACAUAACAUCAACUGUAGUAUAGAUAAGUCAUUCAUUUUUUUUUCAACAAGGUAAAUAAUGAAUGGUUAGUGUGUUUUGGGUACGACA